ACUUAGAUUAAGAAAUUAGAAAAAAUCAAAAUUAGAUAAAAAAAAACAACAAAUGCUCGGAACGCGGAGCGCACUUUCCAUUUCCCACCACACGCGGGUUUGAUCCGUUAUAAUUAAACGACCUUGAACGUAAAAAAUUAUCAAAGCCUUCCUCCUAAUUUGGGCCCCACAAAAAGCAAUCAUCUCUUUUUUCUUUUCUAUUAUAAACCUCCCUUGCACCGUGACGAAAGGAGAAGACAAGGGAACACAAGGGGAAGAAGAGUGAUUAUAAAGGGAAAACGUCGAGAAAUUUAUUAUAUCCAUUGAUUGCUUCUUCCCUUUGAUCCAACCUUGAUUUUGUCAAUCUGUCACAUUGGCUAAGGACCUUUAGUCUCUAAGCUAUGGUUCUUGACAGCGUUGUAUCUUCUCCCCAUUGGAGGUCAGGAUCAAUGAGGAAGCAAUUCCCAAAAGAUGAGUUGGGUAGCUGUACAACACUUGUUCAGAGGCAUAGAUUCCUCUUAACAGCUUUGGGACUCUUAGCAUUCCUCUGUACCAUCUACCUUUACUUUGCUGUUACUUUAGGGGCCACAGAUACAUGUUCCGGGUUGAAAGGAACGCAGAAAGCAACGUGUAAACUGCAGCAUGCGAGGUCGACUUUGUCCCAUGGAAAACUGAAAUUCCUUUAGCAUCUUUGUGGCAAAUUACUAGUUGCUUUUCUAGGCAAAUUGAGGGUAUUUAAAUUUGGAAAAAAAAAAAAAAAACACAAUUCAUUUAUAGUAGAUUAUUUUGUGUCGACUUAUGUUUGUCGGUUCUUAUACGGGGUUUAAUCUGUGCAGCAGAAAUUGUUCUGCAAACUCUAUUAUAAUGAAUUAAUCUUAUGAAGAAGCAAAUUUUCUUGAUGUUGAAGUUGGUCGGACAAUGUCUUAGUGUAACUGCUUCCAUCUUCAUCAGUUAUGAGUUACAAGCUACAUGAAAUUAAUAUGUGAACUUCAUCUUCAUGUUAGAUCUCGCCAUUUGCUUUAACAUUGAUGGUGAAAAACCAAAGUCAAGCACAUAAAAGAUCUUCUUACUUCACUUGGCAUGGAUAUUGAAUAAGAAAAGUUUGUUUAUCUAGAAGAACCAGAACAAGUGGAGUGCCUUGUUCUUCACGAUGAUUAAAGAGGCUAAAAUAAGCCAACAAAUAUAGCUACCACCAAGAGCCAAGUGAUGUUUGUUGAAACAUUUGAUGGCCGAUGCAAGCACAUAAUAUAGCAUUUCCACCUAAAAUUGUAGAAACCGUUGAAGUAUUUGGUACAU